AUGAACUUCGCCGAUGCGUUCCGAGAUGCCGUGGGCGAGAUUUCGUACACAGGCGAGGAGCUCAUCAAGGCGCUCCGGGCUGCGCGAGCGGUGCUGGCGUGGCUCCCAGACGACAGCCACCUCGAACAGGAGCAGCGCUUUGAGCGCCAGAGCCGACGUCGCUUGGGCGAAGUGAUCGAUAUUCCCAUCUCAGAGAGCGAGUCGUCCGAGGAUGACAGUGACAGCGACGAUGGGAGGGGUACCGAGUGGAGUCGUCACACGGAGGCAGGCGAAGGGACCACAGGGAACACCGACGCCGUUUCCGCCGUGGAUGAGGUUGCCGCGCCGCCAUCGCAGUUCUUCACCCACGCGGCCCAGUCGUCCGCCGCCGCCGCCGCUCAGGUGGCCCAUCACGACCGAGCGACUCAAUCCAUUGCGCUCGCAUUACCAGAGGACCCCGCCGCCCAUCUUUCCGCGAGUCGUGGUGGACUCCGUAACGGCAGCGGCUUUGUGUCGCCUGUGUCGCUGCAUAGCGGACACCCGCUGCUGCGGUCCGAGGUCGCUUCUUGUGAUGGGUCAAGGUCACCUGCCAAAGCGCAUGAGCGGCGGCAGCACCGGGGAGAAAGUUCGGAAAAGCGACACGGAGGGCUCCCUGAUUCAUGGGGCGACGAUGACGUUCACAACGCCUCGUCGGCGUCAGACACAACGACAUCGUUGUCGUCGUCGUCGACGGAUGAGGAUGUCGAGAAGAGAGAGCGAGUGCGGCAGCUCGAGCUGUACGACCAGGAUCCCAGCGAGUGGUUGCGUCAGUUGAUCUGUUUAGGGGCGAAGCUGUUCGGAGAACAGGUGGAGGACUAUUUUCACGCAGUGCACACAUUAAUUUACUACAUGGCGGUGCGGCGCAAGCGAGUGGAGCAGCGCUCCCAGUACCUGCGCAACCGUGCUGCCCGUGAGACCGCAGAGGGUGCCGCGGCGCAGCUCGCUGACGCUGCUUCGCGGGCCUUCUCGUGCGCUUCCCUCAGCAGUUGCAAAGUGGCGGCAGUGGCCUCGCAUGAGGACGGCACCACCACUUCCCCCAACGAAGGAGAGGUGAAUGCUAUGGAAAACAGCAAUGACGACGAGGAGGAGGAGGAUGGGGAGAAGGUGGAGGGUUUUUACAUAUCGAGAGAGGCGAAGCGGAGUAUAUGUGUGAGGCUGCCGGACAACGCUUUUCGUUUACGCGACAGCGUCCACAACUUCUUCUUCUCGUGCUAUGCGUCCGUUGUUAUCCAGGGCUCUGUGUCGGCGGCGCAGGUCAAGCAGGCGGCGGCCGAGGUGGUACGCAUCUGCUGCGCUGUGCUGACGUGGCCCCGCUACCCGCUGAACUUGCGGGAGCAGUGGGAGGUGGACCGGAAGGAGCAGCUCGAGCAGUUUCUCAGCAAGUGGCGGGGGGAAGCAAACGGGCAUCUCGUGACUCUCAUGACGGCGCCACCUGAGGCGCCGACCGUAAUGGUACGUCGCGCACGAACUCAGGGUGAGGAGGGCAUUGGCAACUUAACCGCGACGCGGUCCCCGCCCUCCACGAUGAACUUGGAAAGCAUUAUGGCUGACGAGAGCAGCUUCCUUCAUGACAGCAGCGACGACAACGAAGAUGGGGGCAGUGAGACGGCACUCGACCCGAGCAGCGCCAAGGCGCCACAGCAGAGGCAGUUUCUCGGUCCACAAACUAGUGAUGAGGAGGCCAUCACGAUGGCAACCGAGUUUGUGCGGAGCCUCGCGCCCUGCAGCACUCGUCUUGCACGCUUGGUGGCGGGCACCGUUCCAGGGAAGGGUGUGGAUGCGCUGCUGCCGUGCAUUGAACAGCCGGAGCGUCGCACCUUCAACGAUGGCUUCUGCCGUCUGGCACCCUAUCUGUCGCGGAAAGAGUUGGACCUGAUCACGGAGCUGAUGCAGCUGCCGCUCACGGAGAUGCCGGCCGUUAGGGAGGACGACAAGGGUGGCCAUGAUCAGUAUGCGUUGCGUGCAGCAGAGAAAGCAAUUGUGAAGCAUUGGGCAUCGCCGACCUACGACCCUCGCGGAGGUGAGCUGACGGUGCUUAUCAACCCCACAAACGCGUUUCGCCUGCAGCUCAGCAACCCGAUCAUCUUUUCCCUUGGUGGGGUGCAGUGCGACAUGUGUUGCGUGACAGAGCGCCGUGUUAGCUUCCAAGCCGUGCUCGACAGCGGUGUGCGCAGCGAGGUGGUGCUGGAGUACGAGGGCUGUAUUGGGUACGAUGUAUGUGUUGCAUGCAGUUACUACUAUUACAAGAGCAGCGAGAUGCGACUGCUGCGCGCGGUGCACCCCAAUCCGCGUCUGCGUGCUUCGUUUGCAUUCGGGCGCCUCUCUAAGGUGAGGGUUCACUCCGUGCACGCGUUUGCCUGCACUGAGAGCGAGGGUGACAUGACGGUGGAGGUAGUCAUGGGGGUCUCACCUUACAGUGUGAUGCCUGUCGGCUGGGUCCUUCCCGUGGAUCAACUGGCCGAGCUAAGCGCUGCGUGCCCGCUGCUUGACGAGGAGACGGAGCUCACCACCGACGUGCACGCAAGUCUGCCUGUGCCCCCACACGACUGGAAGCGGCGUUGCACCGUCACCAAUAUCAGCAACCUCUUCUCGGGGACAGGCGGGUGCGGCGAUACUGCCGCUGCUGUCGCGGGGGCAAGUCGGCAGGGGGUUGCGACUGGCGCAGCGGGUAACCACCUGAUCGAUGAGGCGGACGUGUGCCCCAUUUGUCUCCAGCUGCUGUGCAGUCCGCUGCCGGUGCUGCGCACCCUGUGCGGCCACAGCUUCCACGUUGAGUGCAUCGGUUCGCAUUACCACUACAAGCCCACUAUUGUGGAUGGCGAGGUGAAUGAGAACAACGGUUGCCCUGUGUGCCGGUGCAGUGAGUACAUGCCACCUCUCACAGACGCGGAUGUGAUGAUGCGGACGAACGUGUACAGGCUCAUCUUACGGGUGCCGGCGGACGAGGUGGCCAAGGGGCGCGACGCAAGAGCACGAGAGUGGGGCGGCGGGUGCGCCGUUGCGGUGGGGACCAUCUUGACCAACGAUGGUGUGUACCACAAUGCCUCAAAUAUCGCAUCUUGCGAGGCCUUCUAUGGCGUGCUGCCGGGCUUUGCCUUUACCCGAGAUGCCACCGUGGGGGCGAAGGGGAUGGAGGCCACCUCGCCAGUCGUGGCUUGA